AUGUUUCUUCCCCAUUUGUUAGGCCUCUUGGCCGCCACUACUGGCCUAGCUAAGGCUGUGAACAUCACCGGAUAUGAAUACGUCGUCGUUGGUUCCGGCGCCGGUGGUGGUCCUCUCGCUGCCCGUCUCGCUCUGGCAGGCCACUCCACUCUCCUUCUUGAGGCUGGUGAUGACCAGGGUGAAAACUACAACUAUACUAUCCCCGCCUACUCCGCCAGAGCCUCUGAGGACGAGAAGCUCUCUUGGAACUUCUACGUCCACCACUACCAGGAUGAGGAGCGCCAGAUGCGCGAUUGGAAGGCGAGCUAUGACACUCCCGAUGGCGGCGAAUACACUGGCCUCAACCCACCCGAAGGCUCGACCUUGAAGGGUGUCCUCUACCCUCGUACCGGUACCCUCGGUGGAUGCACUGCCCACAACGCCUUGAUUGCCGUCUACCCCCACGAGUCCGAUUUUGAUUACAUCACUUCUCUUACCGGCGAUAGCUCUUGGACCCCCGCGAACAUGCGCAAGUACUUCGAGAAGCUUGAGAAGAACGGUUACUCUCUUCCUGGUAUUGAGGGUCACGGCUACGACGGCUGGCUGUCUACUGAGACUGCUCCCCUUAGCAUUGUCCUCGAGGACCCCCAGCUGCUGAGCAUGCUCACCGGUGGUGCUUUCGCCCUUGGUAACCUCACCAACAACAUCAUGAAUAUUGGCACUCUGCUGCUCGGCGAUGCCAACGCUGAUUCCAAGACCCGUGACACCGAGCCUGGCUACUACCAAAUCCCUAUCGCGACCGACGAUGCCCACCGCAACGGUCCCCGCGAGUUCAUCAUCUCCGUGCGUGACGCCAAGAAUGCCGACGGCACCAAGAAGUACCCCCUCGAUGUUCGCAUGAACACCCACGUCACCAAGGUCACCUUCGAUGAGACCGUCACUCCUCCCCGCGCCACCGGCGUCGAGUUCCUCGACGGCGAGCACCUCUACAAGGCGAGCCCUAUGCACAAGUCCGCUCUCCCCGGUGUCCCCGGCUCCGCAACCGCCUCCCGCGAAGUCAUCGUCGCCGGCGGUGUCUACAACUCCCCCCAGAUCCUCAAGCUGAGCGGUGUCGGACCCGCCGACGAGCUCAAGAAGUUCGGCAUCAAGGUCAUCAGCGAUCUCCCCGGUGUCGGCACCAACCUCCAAGACCACUACGAGAUCUCCGUCCAGGGUAAGGUCGAAGAAGACUUCUCCUGCCUGGACAAGUGCACCUUCAGCAUCCGCGACCAGGCAGACCCUUGCAUCAAGGAAUGGGAGUCCCCCAUCCUCGGUGACCGCGGCAUCUACUCCUCCCCCGGCCUCGCCGCAACAAUGCUCUACAAGUCCUCCACCGCCGCCGACGAAUUUGACAUCUUCUGCUUCGGCGGCCCCGUCAACUUCCGCGGCUACUUCCCCGACUACAGCAUCAACGCGACCGACGAACACAACUGGUUCACGUGGGCUAUUCUGAAAGCCCACCCGCGCAACACCGCCGGCACCGUCGCCCUGCAGUCCGCCGACCCCCUCGACGUCCCCCGCAUUACAUUCAACUACUUCGACACCGGCGUCGGCGACUACGACGCCGACCUGACAGCCUUGUACGAGGCUGUCGAGCUCGCCCGCGACGCCUUCGACCGCCAGCUCGUCAACAUCACCGAGGUUCUCCCCGGUGCGGCGGUGACGUCCAAGGAAGACAUCGAGCAGUACGUCAAGGACGGCGCCUGGGGCCACCACGCCUCGUGCACGUGCCCCAUCGGAGCGGAUGACGACCCGAUGGCCGUCUUGGACUCCAAGUUCCGUGUGCGCGGCACCGCCGGCCUGCGUGUCGUCGAUGCUUCCGUUUACCCCCGCAUCCCCGGCACUUUCACCGCUGUGUCUACCUACAUGGUUGCUGAGAAGGCGGCUGAUGAGAUUCUGAGCGAGCUUGAGGCCAGCUCUUGA